GUGUAAUCACGUGACCUGGAAACGGAGCGGGGGGGGCCGGGAGGCCGAGGCAGGCAGGGAGGGGGGGGGGGGCUGCGUACGCGACGGAGCGGGGUGCGAAGAUGGCGGACGAGGAGGCCGAGCAGGAGAGCGGUAGCCUAGGUGGCGACCUCCUGGAGCUGCGGCGCCUGCGGGAGCGGUUGGUGGACCUAGAGACGGGGCUGCGGGAGAGCCCCGAGCCGGCGGUGCAAGCGGCUACCGAGUACUGCAAGCAGCUCUGUCAGACUUUGCUGGAAUAUGCAGAAAAGUGGAAAACAUCAGAAGACCCUCUGCCCCUGUUAGAGGUGUAUACAGUGGCUAUCCGAAGUUAUGUUAAAGCACGACCUUAUCUUACCUCCGAGUGUGAAAAUGUAGCCUUUGUGCUUGAACGUUUAGCACUAAGCUGUAUUGAACUUCUACUGUGUCUGCCUCUUGAUUUACCUGAAAAUAAAUGGGAAGAAUUUCAGGCUUUUGUACAGGUGGCUCAUAAAAACUUGAUGGAAAAUGGCAGCCGGGAGCUGCACAUUUUAACUACACUUACACAAGAAAAGGGAGUGUGGAAGAACCCAGUGCUGUGUGGUAUUCUUUCCCAGGAACAGUUAGAUCCAGAUAAAGUGAAUGAAUUUUUAGUGUUUGAAGGCCCCGUCCUGCUGGAUAUGCGUAUUAAGCACCUAAUGAAAACAAAGCAAUUAACUCAAGCUACUGCCCUGGCAAAACUGUGCUCUGACCAUCCAGAAAUCAGUGCAAAAGGCAAUUUCAAGCAAACCUACUUGGUCUGUCUUUGUUCAGGAUCACCAAAUGAAAAGCUAAUGGAAGAAAUUGCAGAAGUAGAUUGCAAAGAUGCUCUAGAAAUGAUCUGUAACCUAGAAUCUGAUGGAGAUGAAAAAAGUGCUCUAAUUUUAUGUGCAGCAUUUUUAUCUCGCCAGCUGCAGCAAGGAGAGAUGUACUGUGCCUGGGAACUGACUCUUUUUUGGAGUAAACUGCAGCAAAGGGUAGAGCCUUCUAUUCAAGUGUAUCUAGAGAGAUGUCGUCAACUUUCUGUGUUAACUAAGACUGUUUAUCACAUUUUCUUCCUGAUUAAAGUAAUUAAUUCAGAGAUUGAUGGUGCUGGACUUGCAACCUGCAUUGAACUGUGUGUGAAAGCGUUGCGCUUGGAAUCCAGUGAAAAUACAGAUGUCAAGAUAUCUAUUUGCAAGACUAUCUCCUGCUUGCUUCCAGAUGAUUUGGAGGUUAAACGUGCUUGUCAGCUGAGUGAAUUUCUUCUCGAACCCACUGUGGAUGCAUAUUAUGCUGUUGAAAUGCUAUAUAAUCAGCCUGACCAGAAGUAUGAUGAAGAGAAUCUUCCAAUACCAAAUUCUUUGCGCUGUGAGCUCUUACUUGUACUGAAAACUCAGUGGCCUUUUGAUCCAGAAUUCUGGGACUGGAAAACUCUGAAGCGUCAGUGUCUGGCACUUAUGGGAGAGGAGGCAUCCAUCGUAUCAUCAAUAGACGAACUGAACGAUAGUGAAGUUUAUGAGAAGGUUGAGGAUUGCCAAGAAGAGACUAAAGAAACUUCUGUGAAUGGGCUUGCUGGCACUUUUGAUGAAGCUACAAGCCUUCUUAAGGGUAUCAGAGAUGAAAAGCAGAAAAAACGAGAAAUUAAAAAACUCAGAGAGAGGGGGUUCAUAUCAGCUAGAUUUAGGAACUGGCAAGCUUAUAUGCAGUAUUGCGUGUUAUGCGACAAAGAAUUCCUAGGUCAUAGAAUAGUUAGGCAUGCACAAAAACAUUAUAAAGACGGAAUUUACAGUUGUCCUAUUUGUGCCCAAAAUUUUAAUUCUAAAGAAAAUUUUGUUCCCCAUGUAACUUUGCAUGUUAAAAAAUCCAGCAAGGAGAGAUUGGCUGCUAUGAAACCACUGAGAAGACUGGGAAGACCUCCUAAAAUAGCAACUGCCAACGAGAAUCAGAAAACUGACUCCAUAUCCAAACAGGAGCAGCGACCCAUUAAGAAGAACAGUCUCUAUUCAACAGACUUCAUUGUGUUUAAUGAUAACGAUGGCUCAGAUGAUGAAAAUGAUGACAAAGAUAAACCUUACAUACCAGAGAUAGUGCCAGUUCAAAAGCCACUCCCUGUUAAUGAAUUCACCUGCCCUGUAACAUUUUGUAAAAAAGGCUUUAAAUAUUUUAAAAAUCUAAUAGCACACGCGAAGGGGCAUAAAGAUAAUGAAGAAGCUAAACGUUUUCUUGAAAUGCAAAGCAAAAAAGUGAUUUGCCAGUACUGUAGACGACAUUUCGUAAGUGUUACUCACCUGAAUGAUCAUUUACAAAUGCACUGUGGCAGCAAGCCUUAUAUCUGCAUACAGAUGAAAUGUAAGGCUGGUUUUAACAGUUACGCUGAGCUGCUGACACACAGGAAAGAGCAUCAAGUCUUCAGAGCAAAGUGUAUGUUUCCUAAAUGCGGCAGAGUGUUUUCCGAAGCCUAUUUACUGUACGAUCAUGAAGCACAACACUAUAAUACCUAUACCUGCAAAGUCACAGGCUGCGGAAAGGUAUACCGUUCUCAGAACGAACUGGAAAAGCACGUUGAGGAUCACAACAAGCAGCCUGAAAAAGUGCAACAGCCUGAAAGCCAGACUAAUCAACCUGAUCCUAGUCAGCCUUCUAAAGCUAGUGAAAAUACCGAUGGAGUUGCUGUUAAAGAGGAAUUGUCAUCUCCUCUGGCUGACAACCAAAGUAGUUUUACGGAAGGAGAAAACGUUGUCUGGAAUCAAAUCAAAGCAGAACCAGUAGGGAAUGAAAGUGUAAGCGCAUCAGCGAGUGUACCGCAGCAAAGUGAUUCCUCGCCUAAUGCUGGUUCGGAGCAGUCUCCUACAGGUUCAGUGAAGACAGAAUUGGCAAUUCCAGCAAGCAGCAUUAAGGUGCCUGCUGUUAACCAGAAGAUCCGAGAGAACUUUCUAAAAAGAGGUAAAUUGGCUGCUGCUGCCAGUAAAGUAGAUACCACUAAACCUGGAGCCCAGCAGUUGUGCUCAUCGGUUGACUCUUGUCUUCCAGUUUUCCAAGAAAGAGAGGAAGAAGACUGUCUCAGUCAGACUCAGAAUAUUCAAAAUAUUUCUGUGACCUCAGACACACUAAAACCAGAAGCCCUUGAAUCAAAAAGCUUAGAAAGACAAGUGAGCAUUGUAAAUCCAUUCAGCAUGCAGAAUCAGGCAGGAUAUCGAAACAGUGUACCCAUUUCCAAACUUGAAAUUGAAGACAGUAUUAAGGCUGCAGCUAAUCUAUAUAACCUGCCUUUAAAAACUUUAGAAAGUAUUACAUUUAUUCCUUCGCAGCCUAACAUAAAUAGCUCUUUAGUUCCAGCUGUGUCACCAGCAGCCCCAGUUCAGAAAUUUAAUUGUCAGGUUGAGGGAUGUACUCGAACAUACAACUCAUCACAGAGCAUUGGCAAACAUAUGAAGGCAGCACACCCUGACCAAUAUGCUGCUUUUAAAAUGCAGCGUAAAAAUAAGAAACCACGAAAAUCCAGCAAUCUGCAAAACGUGCCGAACGAUGGGAAGAUUGUAUAUCUUAUGCCGUCACAAGUGGGCAAUCCCAGUGGUGCUGCUUUUACUGCACAGAACAAACCUAAUUUGAAUCCCACCUGUUCCAGUCAAGUGCAACAUGUCUCAAGUACGCUUUUCCCAACCCACCUAGAAAAUUUGGCCAAUCCUAUGUUGCCUAUAGUAGAAAGUGUCAUAAAUCCAAGCUUGUCUACUCGUAUUAAAACUGAGCCUGAGAGUGUUUUAUGUUCACAAAUGGAGAAUCUGUCUGGUGCAACCUUACCUUCCCAGUUGGACGAUCUGGCAAAAACAGUUAUGCCUCUGAAUAUUGACGGCGGUUCAGAUCCUUUUCUUCCUUUGCCUGCAGAAAAUGGUCCGAUGUCUCUCUUUCCUUCGUCAGCAGAGAAUCCUCCAAAUUCAGUCUUCUCACAACUGGAAAAUAAUGCAAAUAGCUUUUCAUCACAACUAGAAGGAAACACUAGUUCUGCUUUUCCAAAAGAGGAAACUGUUGAUCAGAUAUUUCCCUCACGACUGAGUAAUGAAAACAACUUCAAUGAAACUAGUUCUCAACUUCCAACUUCAGAAAAGGUGAAAAAAGAUCGUGGCCGGGGCCCAAAUGGGAAAGAAAGGAAACCAAAACAUAACAAGCGGGCAAAGUGGCCAGCAAUAAUUAGGGAUGGCAAAUUUAUCUGUAGCAGGUGUUUCAGAGUUUUCACUAAUCCUAGAUCACUUGGUGGUCACUUAUCUAAGAGGUCUUACUGUAAACCUCUUGAAGGAUCAGAAAUUUCUCCAGAAGCUCUGCAGGCUAAUGGACAGUCUUUGCUUGCCAGUAUGAUUCUUUCCUCAAAUUCAUUAAACUUGCAGCAACCCCAGGAGUCUGCCUUCAAUCCAGAGACGUGUUUUAAAGAUCCAUCAUUCCUCCAGUUACUUGCAGCUGAAAAUCGUUCCACGGCCUUACUGCAGACUAUGUUUCCACGGGCCAAUGUGACUAACUUUAAUACUGGUGGGAAUGAGGAAGGAAGUCAAAUUAUAAAACAAGCCUUGGAAACUGCAGGCAUCCCGAGUACCUUUGAUAACACAGAAGUACUUCCACACGUAGUUACGACGAGUUGCGUCACUGGUACGACCCAGAUAAAUACAGCUGUUCUCCCCAACUCAACCGCGUCCCCUCUGCUGCAGACAGUCUGUAACCCCAGCACCCUGCUAACAGACCAAAACAGGACCCUCAAUGCCAAAAUUCCUCCAAUAAAUGAAUGCAAGAGUGUGCCUGUUUUUGCAACAGAGGACUUAAUGCUAAAGACUAUUGAAAAUGGCUUAUGUCCUAGCUCAUUUUCUAAUACCGUUGCAGCAGCGCAAAACUUUGCAGGGAACAGUUCACGAGUUUCAGUUAUAAGUAGUCCCAAGAAUUCAGGAUCAAGCAACUUGAAUAAGAAGGGAAGCAGUGCUUCAAAGAGGAAGAGAAAAGCAACUACACCCUUGCUUGCAUCCAAUACAGCACAGAAAGUAGCAGUAAAUAAUACAACAACAAUGGAACUUCUAACCAAAAGCACUGAAGGAAACGUGCAAAUACAGGGAGAAAGCUUUCAGUCCAACUUGCUGGCAAAUUGUGGCUCUCAAGCAGUGGUGGAAAAUCUCACGCAGAAACUCAAUAAUGUUGACAAUCAGUUAUUCAUGGCCAGUAUCAAAGACAACUUCAAAACAAAUCUCGAGGCUCAUACAACAUUACCCCCUUUAACAGUAAAAACUGAAAAUGGGGAUUCCCAAAUGAUGGCUGUAAAUUCUUGUGCGCAAGCAAAUUCAGAGGAACAGAUUUCAGAAGACAAUGUUAUGCAGAACUUUGAAAAAACCCUGGAAAUAAUUAAAACUGCUAUGAAUUCACAGAUACUUGAGGUGAAAACUGAAAUUCAGGAUACUGUCAUUGCUUCAGGACAAAACUCACAAGUAAAUAAUGCACAGGCUUCUUCGGGAAAUUCUGCGCAUAGUGUAAAACUACCUACUCCCGCACAGUUUGUCAUGCACGUUGGGAAUGUCACCGCUGCAAAGAGUAGCUCUGCUCAGUCUGAGACAUCUCAAAAGGAUGAUACUCAAAUAUUGGAAAUUUUGGAGGGCUUGCAAAAACUGAAACUAGAAAAUGAUUCACCCAUUCAGGUCUCUGAGACUGUUUCCCAGUGUCCUCCAGCAGUUACGCUAGCACCAGCAAUUCCUGUUGUAUCAACUGAAAAUAAACCCCUCCUCCAGAUAUCUUCAGAGGCAAGUAACAUUCAGUUUAGUGAUAAAGUCAAUAAGCCCUUUGUAUGUCAGGAUCCAGGCUGCAAUUACAGCGCUAUGACAAAAGACGCGUUAUUUAAACACUAUGGCAAGGUUCAUCAGUACACUGCAGAAAUGAUACUAGAAAUUAAGAAGCAUCAACUCAAGUACGCCCCAUUCAAAUGUGUUGUAGCUACCUGUCCAAAAACAUUCACAAGAAACUCUAAUCUCCGAGCACACUGUCAGCUUGUACAUCAUUUUACGACAGAGGAGAUGGUAAAAUUAAAAAUUAAAAGGCCUUAUGGCAGAAGAUCUCAAAAUGAAACUGUAAACACAGCCCCACGACCUGUUGAAAUAAAAACUUUGCAGACACUAAUAAUAGAAAACAAAACUCCAGCUCAAUUGGUCAAAGAACCUCAGAUAAAGGAGAUUGUAGAGCCUGUAAAAGUCUUGGAAAAACUUUUACCAGAAGAUAACAUUCCUGAAAGACUGGAAAAACCUCCCCAAGUGGUUUCUGUUCCACCAGAGCAGCACAAUGCAGCUUCUUUUGGUCAUACACAGGCACAACCCAAAGUACGCAAGGUUAGGAGGUACAGGAAGGAAAAAGAGGAGAGAAAACGUAGGAAGCCUGUAACAAAAUCUCUGGAGUUUCCCACUAGAUACAGCCCUUACAGGCCGUACCGGUGCGUCCAUCAGGGCUGCUUCGCGGCUUUUACGAUACAACAAAACCUAAUCCUUCACUACCAAGCUGUGCACAAAACAGACCUCCCAGCCUUCACUGCUGAGUUGGAGGAGGAGAAUGACCCAGGCAAAGAGGAACGCGAUGAGGUGGAUACCAAACCUGCUGUCAGAGAGUUCAGGUGUGAGGUGAGUGACUGCUCUCGCAUCUUCCAGGAAGUUACCAGCUUGAUACAACAUUAUAUGAAGCUUCAUGACAUGACCCCAGAGCAAAUUGGAAACAUGAAAUCGGCUCCUGAGGCGGGAAGGUUUUCUUGUGAUCAGUCUCAAUGUAAGUCUUCGUUUACAGCGUAUCUUAACUACAUUGUGCAUCUUGAGGCAGAUCACGGUAUUAAGAUAAGGCCAAACAAAGUAGAAGAUGACGGCGUAUUCAAGUGCGACUGCGAAGGCUGUGACCGUAUUUAUGCUACUAGGUCUAACCUCUUGAGGCAUAUUUUUAACAAACAUAAUGACAAGCAUAAAGAUCAUCUAAUAAGACCCAGGAGACUGACACCAGGUCAGGAAAACAUUUCAAGCAAAGCAAAUCAGGAGAAACCGUUGAAGUCCAAACAGAGAGGACUGAAAAACAAAUCGGGAAAAGAAGGUAACAGGUUGUCAGUGAAAACAAAACGAAAGAAAAACGUGAACUUGGAAAACAAAAACUCAAAAGGAAUGCAAGUUCAAGAAAAUAAGGCUUAUUCACUGAAACGCGGCAAGCACGUGUAUUCAAUAAAGGCUAGAAACGAUGCCUUAUCGGAAUGUACCAGCAGGUUCAUAACUCAGUAUCCGUGUAUGAUAAAGGGAUGUUCAUCCGUAGUUACAAGUGAAAGUAACAUAAUAAGGCAUUAUAAAUGUCACAAACUGUCCAAAGCAUUUACUUCCCAACACAGAAAUCUUCUUAUUGUAUCUAAAAAGCACUCUGUUUCACAAGUAAAGGAAGCCUCUUGUGAACAAGAGGAGACUGAUAAAAAAAGUGAUGUGAAAGAGCCUGAACCAAGUUUGAUAGUGAGCAAUAAUGAUUCAAGCACACCUCCAUUACCACAAAAAGAAACUGAAAAAGGUGAGAAGGAUGAAGUGGACGAACUGACAGAACUAUUCAUUACUAAAUUGAUUAACGAGGAUUGUUCAAGUGCUGAAAAUCAAGCAAAAAUCUCUUCCAGUGUAAAUAGCGACGUGCAGGAGACCAGCUCCUGCCCCUCAGAAAAGCAAAAAUCAAACAACUUAAAAAGAGCAAACAAAGAAAAAAAUGUAUCUCAGAAUAAGAGAAGGAGAGCAGAAAAAACUGAGGAAGUACUGCCUGUUGACGUGAGUAGCACGCACAGGGAGGAAGAGACGGCUGUUGCCAUUCAAACGGCCGAAGAGCAACCUGCAGCUUUUGACUGGAGCUCGUUUAAGCCGAUGGGUUUUGAAGUGUCAUUCCUCAAGUUCCUUGAAGAGUCUGCUGUGAAGCAAAAGAAAAACACCGAAAGAGACUACCAUAGCAGCGGAACCAAAAAAGGAUCCCAUUCGAACUCACGAAAGUCCAACGAGAAGACCUCCGUAGCAAGUAAUAAUGUCACUUGGUCAUGUUCUGAAACUGAAACCCUUGUACCGUUUGCCAACCCAUCACAGCUUCCGUGCGGUGAUAAUGUAAAGAUAGUUUUAGACAAGACUUUUAAAGACUGCACUGAACGGGCGUUGAAGCAACUUCAGGAAAUGAAACCUAUCGUCAGUUUGAGAAAGCUCGAAGGACACUGGGAGGAUAAUCCAGAGGUUACAGCUGCAAAAGUAAUUGUUAUGAGUACCGAGGAAGGGGAGUCAAAAUACUGAAAACCUAAUGUGUUUAACCGUGACCUGUAAUAAAAUUUACUUUGAAUAGGAAGCCAUCAAGCAUGCUAGUAACUGUGGAGCUCUUUUAUUUUGAAGUGAUUUAAUCUAGCAAAAAACAUGACAUGAGUCAUGUAAAUUUCUUAUUUGUUUUUAUCCCUAUGGGACUUGAAGAACAGAGUAAUUGCUUCAGUUUUGUAAAUACUUGAUCAAAACCUCAACUUUCUAUCAGAUUGUCCUUUCCAUGAACUAAAUCUUUGUGAGUUGUCUGUGAUUGGUAUCUUUCACCAGGUCACUGCUCAUGUAUAACAGUACUCUUUAUUUGUAGAUACGUUUGUUUUUUUUUUUUUUGUAUAUAUUUAUUAUUGUAAAUCAUUUGCUGCCACCAGCAGUCUGUAAGUCUAAACUAUUAAAUGACACAUUUAUAUUCGGAAUUUUAAUUUGUAACUAAGUGAGCAAGUUUUUAAAACUGUCCUUUAAUCAUUUUAAAUUAAGAACUUUUGAACUAAAACUAGCUAAGUCUGCCAUAUCCAGUUUAUUUUGCAUAAAGCAUUUAUUUACAGGAGAGGAGCUGGAUAAGAUCACAUUUCAUAGGUUAAAUGUACUGACACACUCUCAUUUUUGUAAAUUUUAACAUCCAGUAUCUAUGGAUGAUAUUCAUAUGUAGUUAACUCAUAAAUACAAUAGUUUUCUUAUAGCCACAUUUUUUCAUUGCUUUUAAUUGGAUACAAAGCAUUUAUGAUUCCAUAAUAAAAAUGGAAAUGUGAAUAAAAAUAGUUUGCUACAUUGGAGAUUUAAAACAAUAUUUGGUAUUAAAGAAUCCGUUGUGAAUGUGAUAGAAAAUUAGUAGUGUGGAGCAGUGUAUAUAUUUGAGGUGGUGAUUUGUGAAGUAGCCCAGUAUUGCCUUAAAUAAAAUCACAUUUCAUUUCUUGUUUUAUACAUGUGAUCUUAUAAAGGUUAUUUUUGUUUCUGUAACUUAGAUUGGUGUAUAGUUUAAUUUUUGUUAAAAAAAAACAAAAAAACCUUCAGAAACCAUUUUUGUAAAUAGUGGGUUUAUAAAACAGAUGGUUUAUUUUGAUAAUACCAAUUUGGUAUCUAUCUAUAAAAUACGUGAGUCCUUAUGCCAUACCAUUAAAAAACUGAAUAAACAAGGCACUUUCUGAAAGGGAAGUGAGAUUGUGAUCUUACAGAUAAACUCGGUGGUUGUGCUCUAUCAAUGGCAUAGGCUCCCUCCGCGCUCUUCUGCCUCUUGCUGACUGUACCUGGCAGCACUCUCGCCACCUCUCUCUUUUCCACACCGGAAUGAGCCUCGGAAGUGGUGCCGCUGGUAGUGCCCGGGAUUGGAGCGAUUUCUCUGUAUGCUGCUAACCGAAACGACAGGUAUCCAGUUUGUUGAGUUAACCAAAAGCGUGAAUGCGUUGGUGGGAGCUGUUGGUACCCAGGAAUCUUCAGUGUCGGUUUUCAUGCGUGAUUGUGCUUAACUCGGAUGGGACAAGCCAGCUGGAUUGCGUGGUACCAAAAAUUUGUCUUGGAUUAUUCUCAUUACUGGAUGUGACCUACCUUCAGUAAUACAAAAUAGUCUUUGUCUUGGGAGAGAUUGGCUUGAUUUUUUUUUUUUCCUAUAAACUUGUCUUGCCAUGUAAAGCUUUGCAUUAAAUGCUACACUUGAUUGCUCUUAAGUUAUUCACCUGGAAUCUUUGACAGUUUACUUGAAUACCAAUGCAGAGGGCACAUUCCUACAACCAAAUGAAGUGACUUGUGAGUGUGAGGAAUAUGUAUGAAAAAGCAGAAAGGCAACAGCAUUUUUACUUGGGCAUAGCCCUUGGUUUGCUGUCUGGUGCUAAAUUGCAUACCUUCUCAGAAAGCCUGUGCUUCCAUUUGAACGGAGCCCGAUCAGUCCUCUCACUAUCAGUGACUAAACUGAUAAGUUAGUAAAUCAAAGGUGCGGUCUGAGAAUGAUAAAACCAAAACAAAUCCUUGCGUUUGAACUCUAGGAGAGAUCAUGAUUAUUGUGACAAGCGCAUGAUGCCACGUUCUACCUACCAGAGGCCGCGCAGUCUCCCUGGAUGGAGUUGCUGUUUGAUGCCAGCCACGGUGAUUCUAGAAGGGAUCUUCUGCAGGGGAGAAGAGGGCAGAGAACCUCCUCUGGAGAGGAUCCACAAAGCUCGCCUGAAAUACCUUGUUUUCAGAUGUACUUAACCACUGCAGUUGCUGUUGACAGACCUCACAACUGUUAAUUUUUAGAAGAAUUUUGCGUUGUGUGACUUAGUUUCAAUGUUGACGUUUCUGGUGAUAGGUACCGCAUCAUUUGCAGUUUUUAGACUGAGAAUAGCAUACAACUAUUUGGCUACACAGUGCUAUGCUAGAAUCCUAUGUUAAAAAAAAAAAAAGGAAAAAAAUCCAAUGUCAUAAAUAUUAAGGAAAUAAUUUCAGGUUUGGGUCUGAAUUUCUGAGAAUGAGAUUUUUAAUAUUGUCUCAUUCUUAUCCCAGUUAAUCCAAUUGAAGUGGAUGCUGUACCAAUAUAGUCUGUACCCGACAUGGCAGACUGUCUUUCAGGUGGGUAUGGACAGGCCAUCUAACAUGUAUGCUACUUUGGUAUUUUUUUCCUUUUUUUUUUUUUUUUUUAAAAACUAUUUUAAAGUGGGAAACCAAAGGCAGGGUCUGAUUUAAGAUGUCAUGGACUGCAGAGGGCACUGUGGUUUGGUAAAGCCACCUACAAAAGUUCCCAAGGAAAUAAAUUUGGUAUUUGCAUUUAGAUAUUUUACCUUGAGUGAUGUAUAAAACCUGCUGCAGCUGUGGCAGCAUGCCUGAACUGUGACAGCUCCUCUGGAGCCCGGAGCCGUUCCCCUGUCGUGGGGGCUGCUGGGCAGGAUGGGCCUCCAGGGUGGCUGAGCCCGGCUCUGCUGGUGGGGUGCCCCGACACCCACUGGUGCUGUUGGCCCCUGCCCCACCACCCGGUCCCUCUCUGUCUUCCCCCCUCUCUCCUUCCUCCUCUGUAUCUCUGUCUUCCAGACGUGUCACCCACGAACUGUGGUGCAUUUGAGCAAAGAUGCUUGCUUUUAAACCCCUCACCACCAUCAGGAAUGUGCUGACUAAAGCAGUUGUUGCCGAUGGGGAAGCAACCAAAUCGAGGAGUCUGGAUGCAGAGUACAGGCUGUUGUGUGGUCGAAAGACAUCUCUAAACAGGCAGUCAGCCUCUCUUGUGGUUAGCUGUGUAAAGAAAUCUGACAUUGUCUGAGCCCUGAUUCAGUGUACGUGAGUAGUGGAUUUGUCCUCGCAUGUUUUGGUGUGGUGGUUCUUGGCAGGAUGGGGGGACUGUUGGUCCCAGAGCAUUCUGCUGGGCUGUCCUGUCUACAGCUCUUGGAUAGCGAGGGAACGAUGCUCGUAAAAGCAACACUGAAAACAGUCAUUGGUUCAGGUGAGGGAAAGCAGUUGGCUAUAUUCUUGCAAUUAGUUUCUGUGCCAAAGAAUUGGUUGGUUGGGGCUCCCACCUGCACGAGCAGGGACACAAUGCCCUGAGGUUUAGGCCCCCCUGGCCAGAGGAGCUCCUGCUCAUGUCCUGCUGCUCCCCCCUGGCUGGAGGUGGGAGUAGAGGGAAGAAACUAUCAGCAAAUAGGGAAAUAUUUUUUCCUUGACUUUUUUUCAAACCUCAUCUGUCAGAAGGCAAGGAGGUUACUUGGGUUUUAAAGAAAAUGAGCAUCUGUGUAAGACUUGAAUCUUGUAAUGUUCACAGAGAUGUUUUGAAAUAUGAACGAGGCAAAUAUUUUUGUAUGAAUGUGCAUGGAGUGAUCAUGUUAUUUCUCCAUACAGAAUGGGCUCAGAACAGCUUCCUACCAAUUGCUCUGUGCUUGAGGAGACUGUCCUUUUACACUUUAAAAAGAAAAAAGAAAAAAUAGCACUUGAAUUCUUUUUAAUUUUUUGUCUGAGUGACUUGGAAGUUGAAUACACAAAAAAAAAAAAAUCCUUAAACCUUUAGUUUAGGGACUGAGCCUACAAACUCAUUUGAACCAAAAAUGUAAGAGCAAACGACUUCAGGGAUGGAUGGAUGAGUGAAACUCAAAUGGGAGCACAAAGGAGUAUAAAGGCAGGGAAAGGGCUGUGGAAGGGAAGGAGCCAGUAAAAGACCAAAUGCUGGCCAAGAGCAAGGGUUCAGAAAGUGAGUUUGUUUCUGUUCUCUCAGGUUAAGUAAGAUCUGACAGAGCUGCCUUGUGUGAUGCUCCUUUCCUUUUCGUUAGUGGCUCUGUCAAACACACUAAUUUUGCAGCACAUGAUGUAAAAGCCGCUUGGCAGUUUGCUACGAGUGAGUUGGGGGUUACACAGAGUUGGUCUGUAAUAACUUUUCAGAAUAUUUCUCGUGUAAGGUACUGGCUUUGUCAAAACUGAAGUAUCCUCCAAGACUUGAAACCUGUUGAUUUUUGGAAUUUAUUGUCAUUUCAUGGCUGUUGAAGAUAGAAUUAGAAAUAAAACCUUGAAUAUACAUUCCAAAGAAUUAAAGUUCUUGUUUUGCAGGAAAAUUUUUGGUUUAAGUGGGAAGCUCUGACCAGCCACAGAGCUUUAGGGGAUGCUCUAAAACCCUUCAAGCCCUGACUUAAUAUACUUUUUUUAUUAGAGAGCAGCUAAUACAUAAAUUUAAUUAGAAACCUGUGUUGGCUAAACUGUGUUUGCUUCUCUUCGUUUUCUCUCAAAUAAACCUUGCUUUUAAAAAAAAAUGAAUAAAUACUUUUUCAUUCAUGUGCUGUCUGAAGAUCUGUCCUCAAUAAUUAAAAAAACCCAGUCAUUUUGGAAACAUUUUUUUUAUUUUGAUAGUGUUGCCCUUGUCUUAAAAAAUUAUGCAUUAGAGUACAAAAGGGCCAAGAUAAUUUUGGUUUUAGUUCUCAGUUACUCAAACUGCAGCAGUCACAGAGGGAUGAUGGGCGACAGUUUUGCUUCAUGUGCUCCUUGGUGGGUGUUGUCCAGUAACUGCAAAUGAGUUUCUAACUGCAUUUCUGCCAUCAGCCACGUCCUGCCUAUGCAGAGUUUUAACAGAAAAUCUUUCAAGUUAUGUAAAGUGCGUUGUCUCGAUAUACACACCCAUGUAAAACGUUUAACUGGCCACAAGCUGGCAAGCUAGUAUCUGAGGGAUGGCUGUUGCUUUUAAGUUCAGCAGCAGCAAAUGUAUUUUCACCUUUUAUAAAAGCAGCUUUAUUUUAGCAAAAAAAAGCUUGAAAAUCAGUGUCAAAAGCACAUAGUUUAUUCCUUAGUUCUUAAUUUUGUAACUGCUACCCCAGUACGCAUAAAAGUAAUACUUAGUAACCAAAGCUGGGGUUUUUUUGAGUGAAAAAUAAUUAACAUGCUUUUGCUACUGUUUCCUCCUCUUUAUCCUGUCAUGAACAAUAAAAUCAGUUCAACAUUCAGGCAACUCCACUUAUUGCAGGCAGCGUUUUUCUCUAAAGGGUGUGUUUUGAUCAGGCUCAGUUCUGAUGGUAUAGGUCUUUUCAUCCCAGCAAUGGGAAGAGACCACUACCCUGAAAUGUGUCUUUUUAGGCACUAAUUUCUAUUGUCUCACGAAUCUAGAUUCAACAGAAGACAAGUUUUGGCUAAUUUCUGUCCCUUUCCUGUUAGCCCAAGCAGCAGACAUAACAAAGAGCAGAGGUGUGUUGUGGUGAAGAGAGAUUCUGAAAUUUGGGGAGGGAAUAGGUAAUUCUUUUCUUUAUUUUGUUCCUUCUGGAGGCCUUUCAUAUUUUAGAUUUCACGUGUUCUAUGGCAGGGAAAUCUAAUGAAGGAGUAGCAGCAGAAUUUUCAGCCUUACUAAAGGGAUCAGAUUCCAGGCUACUGAACACUAGGACUACUGGCUACUGUUUCGCCAUACUGUGCAGUCUACAUCUCUCUACUCGGAUCCUAGGGGGUUGGGAAUGGUCUUUUCCCUUAAAUGCCACAGCCACAGAGCAGAAGAAAAGUCUAAUGACCCAAGAGCUGCUCGGUGUUGGUGACCAGGAAUUAAGUCCAGUAUAUGCUGCCUGCACAAGUUUGAGUCAGUACCUUUUCUUAUGGGAUGCGUUCUGAUGAUAAAUACCCUAAAAACUGUAAAAGGCUCAAAUACCUCCAGAAGGAGGUACUCCACAAAUAGCUAAAUAACCAAGUCCGUCUACCUCUUCUUAGUUUUCUUCCUUUUUUUGAGGUGUUUUACAGUAGUCCAGUGGAAUGGGUUUGUGACCAUCCAGCUCACUUCAAGCCACCAGCAGCCACUGUACCCCAGCUCUUUCCAAUUGCUAUUUCAAUGGCUAUCGGAUCCACCCACCUGGCAAAUGCUGUACAUCCCCUUAUUGUU